UUCUUACGAGUAUGUGUUGCCGAAGUUGAAAUAUUCAGGCCAUUGUGAUCAAACCUGGGGAGUUUAUAAGCGGAGCUGCAACGAGUGAAUCUCAGCAUUCCAUCAGAUACUACAACACUAGCAACAUGAAGCGGCAGAGUUCCACAACAAAGGGUCUGGCACUGGGGGUGACCUUGACAGUCCUGUUGCUGCAACUGGCUUCAAGCCAGGCCGCACCUCAUCACACCCACCAGCAGCAGCAGCUUCUUUACUACAACCACGUGACACCCCCACAGCAACGGCAGUCAGCCAACGUGGUCAUCUUGCCUGGCAACGGCGCUGGUAUCCAACAGUUCGCAGCUGCUGGCGUCCCGCUGCCAGUGGGUGGUCAGUACCUGCUAGUGCAGCCCGGCGCCAACCCAGUCCUCUACGUAACUAGAACUGAGACGGGCGACAAACCUGUUGGCGGUAACGAGGAUAAACGUGAAAGUUUUCUUUCGGGGAUUUUCAGCAACUUACAAAAUUUACCCAGCCUUCUACCUAUCCCGGGAAUUGGGUCGAGUGAGACAAACAAAACUGACACGCAAGGAACAGAGAAACCUGCUGGCUUCGACAAACCCGAUAAGCCCAUAAAAGUGGAGGAAGGACAGACAUCCUCAUCAGCAGAGAGUUCGGAGAAACAAUCGGCAUCGCUGGAGAAAUUCGACGAGGACGCUCCAAGCUCCAAACCUACCGCCCCUGCUGUUCCCACCUUUAUACCUGCCCCUGGCCAAAGAUUUGUCGUCGUCGGUCAACCUCAGUUCUUCGGAAAUUUCGAUGCUCUCAGAAACCACGCCGUACGACAAGAACUGGGCACUAACGGCGCAGUUUCCAGUUUCCUGCUACUAAAGAACCAAGAAGUUAUUCCUCUAGCGUCUGCAGCCAACGGAAAGCUUCAAGAAGAGGCUGGAAACUCAGUGGCUCAGGUUCCUGGUGCAAGUGCCCUAGAAUUUCAGAAGUUCCUCAGCGUAGCAAAGCAACGGCAGACACAAGACGACGUAGCCAACGUUGCUUUCGCGCCUCUGCGCUACCAGAACGUUGUGUACGUCGCUAGGCAACCACCUCAACAGAACCCUGCUGCCAGCUCAGCAGAAGAUUCAGCGUCUAUAACAGUAGACGCUCUGAAAAUAAAGUCACAUGUGAGGAAGGAAGGUGAAGAAGGAGCUGAUGACUCAGAAGACAUUGAGGCGAAUCCUCCAGGUCCAUCAGUGGCUCAGGUGACACCUCAGGCAAUUGCCUUAGCAGGACCUGGAGGAGUAGCUUCAGCGGCACCAAGAGGCACGGCCGUGGUGGGACCUGGAGGGCUGGCCAUGGCGGCUCCCUCUGCAACUGCAGUGGCGGGGCCCUCUGGGGGAGCACCGCCGCCUCCUGGAGCUCACGCAUCAGCAGCUCUUAGUUCCCCCGCCGCAUACAAGGCGUAUCUGUUGGAGCAACAGGCAAAGGGUUCCUACCCUUUUGGUUCCUAUCACGUGGCAUAUAAUGCCUAAGCUUGACAAAAUUAACAGCAGGUCAUUGCUAAAAUAGGGAAAAGACCACACAGCAGUAUUCUCCAAUUUCGUGUGGAGAGAGUGGUUUGAGUUGUAUUUCAAUGUCUUUGUUGUGUUAACAUUUUGUCUAAUCGUCCCUCUUCAAAGUAAAGAGUGUUCGGUAUAUCUGUGGUCCGAUCGCCGUAAAGGCAAAUCUCCGAAACAGCGCCAAUAUAUUGCUGAAAACCGGAUAAUCUGCAAACUAUGAAUUAACUUUGAAGGACAUUCUUUAUCUAUCUUAAAAACUCUUUAAUUAAGUAUCUAAAAUUUUAAAAUAAUCCACAGCGAAUUAUGAGAUGAUACCUUGAAAUAACAGUUCAGUUUAGUACGACACGUCUGUCAGUAAAGUGAGUAAAUAUGUAGAGGACGCUGGGGUUCGAUCCCUGACAAGCGUGGGGUUUUUGUCUUCAGCUUUAAGUCCAUACCAGUUCCAAGACUCUCCAUUGCAAAUACGGGCUUAAGCAGGUAACUAUGGGGGAAAUAUUCUGUAGUUUAGUCUUCUAUUUACGAAAAUAAGUUGGUGGACGCUCGUCCAAAACGUUAUUGGAGAUUGAUGCCUUUCCAUGAUAGAUUUUGUGAAUAUUACUUUCACAGAAGAUGUCAGACCUCAUUAGUAUUAUUAAAAUAACAAGAUUUCGUAAUCGUGCUUAAAAAGGAAGUUUGAUCUCAGAAAGCUUGCUGCUAAAUUUAUCUGUUUCUAAGCAGAUGUAUGAAGCUUUGGCCUCAUAGUGGCCUACAAAUAAAUUCAUUAUAUUUAUAAUUAAACCUGUUAAAUAUUUUUGGUUCUAUUUAUUGUAAUGGCAAAAAUAUGCCAAAUAAAUCACGAAGACUGCUUCCAGACAUUAUUGCAUAACCUUCGUUAUUAAAACAAUAAAAUAUUUGGUAGUAUAUUUCAUGUGCUCUUUAUUUUUAACUUCUUUCCUCAGUUUUAUUUUACUUCAAUAUUCACAUACAAUUUAUUAUAGCUGAUACCUUAUUCCUCAAUUAUCAAAUUUCUUAUGUAACCUCGUACAGCUCGCUGAACAGAACAGAGGCUUAAGUAAUUCUAAGUGGACUUUGCCUGAAUCUUAAAAGUUAUUGUGGCUGUAAAAUUAAGAUUAAAUGGUACAUAACGACUCCUGUUUAUCUAACAUCGCAUUAAAACUAACUUCAAAAUUAAUUUCCACUUAUUAUUAUUUCGGGCUGGCAGAAAUUAUUUUGACAACAACAAACGUGUUUAGAAUAUAUAUAACCCAGUGUACCUGUUACGUUAUACUGAUUGCAUGAUUUUAUUUGAAGACUUUGAAUAAAGCACCACAUUUUAAUAAGGUUA